CGGGGCGGAAAGUGAACCUUAUCACGCGUACACAGUGCGUUUUUGAAGUUCGAGAGGAUACUCCUGACAGGGAUGUCCGUCCAUGCUCCGCCGUGCCGGAGGUCGUUUUUCACGCGCUGUUCACUACAUUCUGUGACAUUUCAGUGUGGGCUUUCAGAAAAUUAAGUUAUGGACCAUCAAAGCCACGCAACUUUGGAAGAGCCUGGAAACCAGGUAGAAGCUUGCUGAGGAGCAUGUAUUUCCUCGCGAGCACAACUGCCUUCUUGGAGUCGAACCCAAACCCACUUUGCGCGACUCUGAGGAUAUAAAGUUAAAUGGUUUAAUUCGCUCUCGGGGGAAGCGACGUACAAGGCGGCGGAGAAUGGCCUCGAAGGAACGGCUAUACGAGCUCUGGAUGUUAUAUUAUACCAAGAAAGAUGUGGGUUACCUGCAGCAGUGGCUGGAAACAUUCGUGGCAACCUUCGAAAAGAUCAUCGAUGUGCAAUCCCUGGAGCCACGUCGUCUGGAGGAGUGGAACGCGGAGGUGCAGUGCCUGCCACGGGAGGUGCUCGUCUUCCUGGGCACGCAGCUCUGGCACAGCGUGCUCCACCUGUCGGGCCAGGACCAGAGCAACCCCACCCCCCAUCCACUUCUCCUCAUCAAGUUCUUUAUCAUCAUCUGCAGGAACAUGGAGAAUAUUGACCCUGACAAGACCCCUGGUUUCAUGCUCGAGACCAUCAAGCUGUUGAGCUUUUGCUUAAAUCAGCUGAAGAAGAAGCCCAAGGACCAGAGCACUCUGGAGUCUGUGGUACUGCAUGGCCUGCUGCUGUGUGAAAAUCUCUUUGACCCUUAUCAGACAUGGAGGAGACGGCAGGCAGGUGAGGAGGUCAGCAUGUUGGAGAGGAGCAAAUACAAGUUCUCCCCUCUCACCCUGCCGGAGGAGUUGCCUGCUUUCUUCCACGACUGCCUGCAGGAGAGCGAGCUGAUCCCUGAGCCUCUGCUCCUGCGCCUGGUGCAUCUACAGGGCGCUGUCAUCAGUGGCUGCAAGAAGAACGGCCUGCUCUCCAUCACGCCAUACGCCGUGGACGACCUCAUGUCAGUGCUGCGUACCUGGUGCCUCCGUCCCGCCCCCUCCAACAAGGAGCCCAAGGACCCCCAGUUGGUGCAGCUGGCCCUGCGCUGCCUGACGGCCAUCAUCCACCUCCUCCACAGCAGCAGCCCUGCAGAGAGGCAGCUGGAGAUCAGGAGCGUGCUGAAUAGCUACUUUCAGCUACUGAACUGGAACCGGCCGCCCGCAGGCGAGCAGCCUGACAGCCUGGCCUGGGAGGGCAACCUCAUCACACUGCAAGCGCACAUGCUCAGCGCCAUCCCGGAGAUCCUGCAGUGCCCGGACCGGCCCGUGCUGCAGGCCGUAUUCCUCAACAACAACUGCUUUGAGCACAUUCUACGCCUUAUCCAGAACAGCAAGCUCUAUCAGAGCAGCAGGGCUAGAUCUGAGUGCGAGGCUCAGUGUGACCUCACCAUGCGUUUGCUCACAGAGGCUGAAGUGGAGCAGGUCUGGGAAAAGGGUUCUGACUGCAUCACAGUACAUGCCAUUGGAGUCCUCACUGCCAUUAUGAGCAACUCACCAUCUGCUAAGGAGGUCUUUAAGGAGCGAAUAGGCUACUCUCAGCUCUUUGAUGUGCUGAAGAGUCAAGGGCAGCCCACCAAGAGGCUCCUCCAGGAACUGAUGAACAUGGCGGUAGAGGGCGAGCACUCCCAGGCACUCCAGCUGGGCAUCAGUAACGACCAGCCCCUGCUCCUCCUGCUGCAGUGGCUUCCCGAGCUGGGCUCCCGCCCCCUGCAGCUGCUGGUCUCCCAGUGGCUGGCGGCCGUGUGCCGGGGCACGCUGGCCUGCCGCACCGUGGCUGUGGAGGCCGGCCUGGUGGGCCGCCUGCUGGAUGUGCUGGCUGAGCCGGCCACGCGUCUGGACCGCCAGUGUGCCGACGCCCUGCUGGGGCUGCUGCAGGACCUGGGCUCGCUGUCCCUGCAGCCAUGCGAGCUCCGCAGCUUCCUGCGGCUGCUCCGGACUGAGCCCGGCUCACCGCCACACCCCUACUGUGUACGGGCCAUCCGCGCCCUCUCUGCCAUGGCGGCCCGAGACGACAGGGGGGGUAGUGCUCUGCAGUACUUCGACCUCACGCCGCCCAUGGCCGGCAUCAUGGUGCCCGCCAUCCAGCGCUGGCCGGGCAGCGCCUUCGCCUUUCACGCCUGGCUGUGCCUCAGCCCCGAGUUCCCCCCGCCCUCACAGCAGCAACACCACUCAGAGUCACACGUCACCACUGCCGCUGGUCAGGACGGCACAAUCCUCAUGACCAAGGGCCCACGCCGCAAACAGCUCUACAGCUUCUUCACGGCCAGCGGCACAGGCUUCGAGGCCUUCUUCACCAUACAGGGUGUGCUGGUGGUGGCUGUCUGCACCAAGAAGGAGUACAUGGCUGUAUCCCUUCCCGAGAACCCGCUCAGCGACUGUGCUUGGCACUCUGUAGCCAUUGUGCACGUUCCAGGACGUCGGCCAUUCGGGCAGAACCUCAUCACUAUCUAUGUGGAUGGCGUCCCGUGUAAGACAGCCCAGCUGCGCUUCCCCUCUCUCAGCGAGCCCUUCACCUCCUGCUGCAUCGGCUCAGCUGGCCACCGCACCACCACCACCACCACCGCGCUGCCCACGCCAUCCCCACCGCUGCACUCUCCCUCCGACCUGAUCUUUCCCUCCCCCGCCAGCCCUCCCGUGCUGGUGCGCUCGCAGUCCGUCCCGGCAUCCUUUGCAGCCGUAGCCGGCGGCCGCUGGGCACCGGGCCGGGACACGCCCGUCCACACCAUCCCGGCUGGCCUGCAGGACACCGAGUGGGGCUCUCCUUCGUCGCUGGACGGCCUUCUAGCCACCGCUUUCAUCUGCCAUGAGGCGCUGCAGCCGACGCAGACACGCGCACUCCACACAGCCGGCCCCAAUAAUGUGUCCCUGUUCAAGGCAGACGGGGAGCUGUCAGAGCUCUGCAGUAAACUCUUGCUGUACUACACCCCACAGGCCUUUAAAAGCCAGAUCUGUCUGGACUUGUCUCCCAACCAUCUGUACAAUGGCAGACUGACGGGCCACAGGGUGGUGAACUGGGACAUCAAGGAUGUGCUAAGUUCCGUCGGCGGUAUGGGGGCUCUACUACCCCUGCUGGAGCAGGUGUGUGGGCUGGAGCAGGGUGACUCUUGGGAACAGGAGACAUCUGAACUUCUGGGCCCAGAGCUCACUUCAUCUAGGGGCCCGGCUGGCAUGCUGUUGCCCCUGGGCAAGUCGUCUGAGGGCCGUUUGGAGAGGAACAGUGUGGCUGCGUUCCUGCUGAUGGUCAAGAACAUGCUGCGGAAUCAUCCUGUCAAUCAAGAGAGUCUUAUCCACUGCCAUGGCCCAACUACCAUAGGAGCCAUGCUCAGCAAGGUGCCCAGCAGUAUGAUGGAUAUGACUGUGCUGAUGGCGUGCCAGUUGCUGCUGGAGCAGGUCUCCAUCGAAGGCAACAGCGCUCUGCUCUCCCAACUCUACCAGCAUCUGCUCUUCGACUUCCGCAUCUGGAGUCACUGCCACUUUGCCGUGUGCCUCGGUCAUGUGCAGUAUCUGUCUUCUGUCUUGAAAGAGAGCAAGCAGAAGAUCCGUCGGAAGUACGGGGUGCAGUACAUCCUGGACUCCAUUCGUUCACACUACAGUGUGGAGAGGGAUGGCAGUGCUCUGUCAGAUGAAAGGCAGACAGUGCAGAUCUCACUCUUCAAUCUACUGAAAGAUUUCCUGUCCAAGUCACCCACUACUGAGGAGCUGCACAGUGUGCUUGCUUACACUGCUGUAAUACAGGAUGAGAAACAGGCUGUCCAGGUGUUGGAUGUGCUGUAUGCUGUGCUCAGGAGCAGUCAUCAGGCCCUGGCCGUGCUGCUCGAGUGGGGAGCGGAGCAGCUCUACUGUCUGCUGCUGAAGCCCCACUUCAGAGACAACGCCCGCGAGAGGGUCUUCAGGGUCCUCUACAAAGUCCUGAAGAGCGAUCGGGUACCGGAACGCAACAAACAGCGCAUCAAGCUACGAGACUCCAGCUACCUAGGCCUGGUCUGCUUCCUGGAGGAUGUCCCUGUCACCAUGACCGUUAUCCGCUGCCUGUACGAGCAGGUGCUGGCCACAGAUUCCUCGCCCAACUUCAAGGACCUGUUGGCAGUGGUGUACCUGUCCCAACGGGCGGACCUUGCCGUCCGGCUAGACAUCUGUCGCAAACUCUUCCACCUGAUCUACUCCAGUGAGGACUACGUGAAGCAGAUGGUCCGUCACCCAGGCUGGCAAGAUAUCCUCACCAAGCUCUAUGUCAAAGAGUCCUACGAGUCACGCUCCACCAGCCAGUCGAGUGCCAGCCCACACACCUCCCUAGAGCCCACACCCUCCCAGCCUCUUCUCCGCAGGGACGACAGCAUCCCAGAGGAUGGCCACGGCGACAUCUUCCUCCGCUACGACUCCCGGCAGGAUGAGGACGAGGAUGACGAAGAGGAGCAGGAUGCAGCAGCACGCCGCUUCUCGGACCUGUCGCUGUCCCCGCCUCCCGGGGACCAAAGGAGCCACGAGCACUCGCUCAACUUCAAGUCAUUCGACUCAGUGGAGGAGGUCAGCCGCUCAUCAUCGCUGUCCAACAUGGUGGACAUUCCGUCCUCCUCGUGUGUGUCGGGAGAAGAGGAGGGAUUGUAUAACCCGCUCUCGCCUUUUGGCACCUCGCCCCUUAUGCUUGAGCUGGGUGGGCAGAGGGGCUCCCAGGCGCAGGCCGGCAGCCCGCCGGGCACGCCGUCACCGCUGGAGCACAGCAAGCCCUUCCUCGGCCUGCGGCCUCGCAAGAGCUCCAGCCUGUCCAACGUGCUGGACGACAACAUGGAGCCUCAUACCGUCGACAGCAUCUCCAACAACUCCAACCCACAGACCCCAGAGGAGGAGUUAUGUAACCUGCUGACUAACAUCGUGUUCAGAGUGUUGUGGACAGGCACAGACGGCUCGGAGGACGUCAUGUGGAGAGAGAGGGGCCAGGUGUUUUCUGUUCUCACCAAGCUUGGCUCCUCCUGCCAGCUGGUUCGCCCACCCGACGACAUCAAACGCAGUCUUUUGGAGAUGAUGUUGGAGUCGUCUCUUUCAGACUUGCGUGAUUCUCAGGGCAUGACUCUACCCCAUAUUCCCUCCUUGCUCCGCCUCCUCAGACUGUUACAGGACUUCCUGUUUGCCGAGGGCACGGACAAUCAAACACUGUGGAGUGAAAAGAUCUUUGAGGGAGUGGUGAAUCUCCUGGACAGGCUCCAGGCAUGGCACACCACCCCAACAGCCGCCGCAGGUACGGAGCUGAAGGAGAUGGCCCAGAUCGGCCUGCGCAUCAUCACGGGCUACAUACAGCAGCACAACGCACAGGUGUGUGUGAUGGCGUGUCUGAAGUUGCACAGCCUGCUGCAGAAAGUGCUGUGCCUGUCAUGGGAGGAGGUGUGUUUCUUGCUGGGGCGGCUGGGAGCCGCCCUGUGGUCGGCGGGCAGCGGGGACCCGUCAGACGGAGGGCCGGGCACAGAGGCGCUGCUGCGGCCACUGGUGCCCGUGGUGCGAACGCUACUGGACCAGCAUGCUGACCCCACCAAACUGCAGCAGCUGCUGCCCAACCUGCCCCCCACCAACGGCAGCCCCACCUUCGCCCAGGACCUACAGGCCUACUGCAGCACGGCAGAGUGGCAGCUCUUCUACCAGAGCCAUGUGCUACCUACAGUGGAGCAGUACGAGGUAGACACAUUCGGGAAGAGUCAUGAUCUAAUGUCCAACUUUUGGAACUCGUGUUUUGAUGACCUCAUGAGCACAGCCCAGAAGAGAGAGAAGGACAGAGCAGAGUGCAGGGCCAAGUUUCAGGAGCUGAUUAUAGACCAGUUUUUAAAGCGCGGGCGCAGUGAGAACAGUCGCUAUGUAAGUGCGCAGAAGCUGAGUAACGGCCAGCAGGGGGUGGUGUGGAAACACUGGAAAUCCCUACGCAGACUGCUCACCAGCGAGAGAGGAGCCUGGGCAAGGAGGGAUCAGCCCAAGGUGAAGUGGAAGCUGUCUAGUGUGGAGACCUACUCCAAGAUGCGCCUCAAACUUGUGCCUAACUACAGCUUCAGCCAGCACAGCGAGGCCAGUGCCCUCAGGGAUAAUAUGGGAGCUGAGAGCCCUCGUAGCUCCACAGAAUCCCUCCCAUUGGCUGUUGCUAAGGAAGCUAAAGUGAGUGACAUGGAGGAUGACCAACUAGAAGAUGAAGACCUUCUGUACAUUGACAACCAGGUGGAGGAGGGCGAGGAGGAGAGUCAUAAAGAGAAGCUGGUGCUCUCGGAGGACUGCGAGCUCAUCACGACCGUGGCCGUGGUGCCAGGUCGCCUGGAGGUCACCACGCACCACAUCUACUUCUAUGAUGGCAGCAGCGAGAAGGACGAGACGGAGGAAGGCAUAGGCUUCGACUUCAAACGUUCGCUGGCCCAGCUGAGAGAGGUCCACCUGAGACGCUUCAACCUGCGCCGCUCCGCCCUGGAGCUCUUUUUCAUCGACCAGGCUCACUACUUCAUCAACUUCAAGAAGAAGGUGCGGAACAAGGUUUAUACCAGGAUUCUAGGCCUCCACCCUGCUAAUCUGUUUUACUUUGGCUCCCGCUCCCCUCAGGAGCUCCUCAAAGCCUCCAACCUCACUCAGAAAUGGGUCUGCAGAGAGAUCUCAAACUUUGAGUAUCUCAUGCAGCUAAACACCAUCGCUGGCCGCACUUACAACGACCUGUCCCAGUACCCUGUGUUCCCUUGGGUGCUGUGUGACUAUACAUCUCCUUUGUUGGACUUGGAAGACCCGGCUGUGUUCAGAGAUUUGUCCAAGCCCAUUGGAGUGGUCAAUGACCGUCACGCCCAGAGCGUCCGAGAAAAGUAUGAGAGCUUUGAGGAUCCUUCAGGCACUGUGGAUAAGUUCCACUAUGGCACACACUACUCUAACGCUGCAGGGGUCAUGCACUACAUGAUCCGCAUGGAGCCCUUCACCACCCUGCACAUCCAGCUGCAGAGUGGCAAGUUUGACUGUGCAGAUAGGCAGUUCCACUCAGUAGCAGCUGCAUGGCAGGCGCGCAUGGAGAGCCCUGCGGAUGUGAAAGAGCUCAUCCCUGAGUUCUUCUACUUCCCAGAAUUCCUGGAGAACAUAAAUGGGUUUAAUCUGGGCUGUCUGCAGUUGAAUCAGGAGCAAGUAAAUGAUGUGGUUCUGCCUCGCUGGGCCUCUUCUAGGGAGGAUUUCAUCAGAAAACACCGCCAAGCACUGGAGUCUGAGCAUGUGUCCGCCCACCUGCAUGAAUGGAUUGACCUCAUAUUUGGCUAUAAACAACGGGGCCCUGAGGCUGUGGAGGCACUCAAUGUAUUCUACUACUGCACAUAUGAAGGUGCUGUGGACCUUGACGCCAUAGCCAAUGAGACAGAGCGCAAGGCCAUGGAGGGCAUCAUCAGCAACUUUGGCCAGACGCCCUGUCAGCUUCUUAGGGAGCCCCACCCUCCCCGUAUGACAGCAGAGACCGCGUCCAGACGGCAGGCCCGUAUCGACACUCUACCCCCAAACCUCUUCGAGCAGCUUGACAAGCUCCGGCCCUUCGUGGAGGUGGUGAGUGAUAAGGUGCCCCUAGUGCAGGCUGUGGUGCCCCGGAACCAGACCCGCUCCUUCAUCAUCCAGGGCUCAGACGUACUGGUGACUGUGAGUGCUAAUGGCCAGAUUGGAACCCAUAGCUGGCUGCCCUAUGACAAGAAUAUUGCCAACUAUUUCACCUUUUCCAAGGACCCCACAAUGAACAACCCAAAGACCCAGCGCUUCCUGAGCGGGCCCUUCUCCCCGGGCGUGGAGAUUGGGUCCCAGGUGCUGGUGGUGUCCAGCGACGGGCGUCUACUGUUUAGCGGGGGGCACUGGGACUGCAGCCUGCGCGUCACCAUGUUGGCUAAGGCCAAACUUGUCGGCCGCAUCUGCCGCCACAUCGACGUGGUGACAUGCCUGGCUUUGGACCUGUGUGGGAUCUACCUCAUCUCAGGCUCGCGGGACACCACCUGUAUGGUGUGGCAAGUCCUACAGCAGGGGGGUUUCUCCAGUGGGCUGUCUCCACGACCGGUGCAGGUGCUUUCUGGUCAUGAUCAGGAGGUGACCUGUGUCUCCAUUAGCACUGAGCUAGACAUGGCUGUUUCAGGGUCAAAGGACGGCACCGUGAUUGUGCACAGUGUACGGCGGGGUCAGUACCUGCGCACCUUGCGUCCACCCUGUGAGAACUGUAUUUCAGCCAGUGUAGCCCAGUUGCAGGUGGGCAUGGAAGGCCACAUGGUGGUCCAGUCAGUACUGGAGGGACGCUCUGCUGGGAAGGAGAAGUAUGCAUUGCACGUCUACUCUGUGAACGGCAAGCUGCUGGCGUCCAUGGUCCUGGAGGAGCCGGUGUCAGCGCUCUAUGUGGUGUGUGACUACCUCAUUCUGGGCACACUAAAGGGCAACCUGUACAUUCAGGAUCUGUUCAGCUUAAAGAAGGCUACGAAGCCCUUGGCGCUGAAAGUCCCUAUCUAUAGUAUAUCAGUCACUAAGGAGAGCAGUCACAUUCUGGUGGGCCUGGAGGAUGGCAAGCUCAUCGUGGUGGGAGCUGGGAAACCGGAGGAGGUCCGCUCGGGGCAGUUCUCCCGGCGUCUGUGGGGCUCCACGCGCAGAAUCACUCAGGUGUCCUCUGGAGAAACUGAGUACAACCCUUCCGAGAAUGCUGGGAAAUGAGCAUCACACACACGCGCGCGCACACAAACUUUGUGUGCCGUCACAAGGACUCCUCACACAUGAACCAGAGACUGGGCCUCAGCACACGUCUAGACGCCAGUCCUGGCCUGAUUUGAGGCCUGGGGUCUGCUGUUCCGCUCCAAGGCAGGAACAAGGCAGAGCUGGCCAAAGCUGCACUUUUUAUUUCUUGCUAAAAGGGAACAGAACGUUUCUAUUUUAAGACAUUUUGGACAUCUUUUUUAACAGAAUCCAUUCCAAAGAUCUUUGAGAAUUAGAUGCAGAUGAACUUGUGCGUGCCUGUAUAAUGUGCAAAGAGAGGGUGUGCUCUACUGGCUAAAGCUCAAAGCCAUGGCUCUGUCCUCCCACACAUACAUACAUACACACACACACACACACACACACACACACACAUCCUUCUACUGCGCAGAUCUUUCUCAAGCUGCUGGACACGGCCAGAGUGUGAUGCUGGCUGGAAAGGCCAUCUCAUCUGGAAUAGGUCCAACGUACACGGCCACCCUGCCUCUGCCUGCCCUGGUUAUCCGGGGCCAGGACUGCUAUGCUUGAAGGCUUUUGCUGUAUAUUCAAGAACAAUGAGCACCAACAAAUGUGGUGAUGGUGUGGCCCUGUGAAAGAGAGAAGAGACUGUUUUUGUGCGUGUGCGUGUGUCUGUUGGGUUUUCUGUUGAUCACAUACUGAUGCUUGUUGCUGAGCAAUAAUUCCCAUGCUGGUUAAAUUGGAAUUUAGUCUUUUUCUCUUUUGCUUGAAGAUGUUUGUUAAUGUGCUAUGAGCUUGAUUCCCAACACGUGCCUUAAAAGGUAUUUUAUAACUACACUGUUACACAAUUCUGUAUUUGUAAUGGCAGUUUUUAUGUUUUGUCCUGCUGAUGACACAGUUGCUUUUAUUGUUUUUAGAGUAUGAAUAUGUAGCUCUCGUCACUGUUCUGCCUGAUGGAGACAUGCCUUGCAGAGUCUGGACAGACACAAUGUUGUACUGAUAGGGCUGUGUAGGAAAUGUGGACUUGGCUCUCAUUUCCUUUGUUAUGCCCAUUCUGUGUGAACGUUUUUGGAAAAUUUCCAAUGUCAAAAUAUUCCCCUUGUUCCUGCUUCUGGACUUCAUCUCUUUCUGAGCACAUUCACCCCUUAAUUCUGUCAAGUGCCUCAAACUACUGUAUCCCUCAUUAGAAAAGAAUGUGUUUGCAAUGUGUGCUCUGCUUAUUUGACUGUUUUUAAACCAGUUGUAUGAAUGUGUCUUUUGGCGUUAGGCAGAAUGCUAGCAAUGUGUCCGCCACUGGAAUGUUGGGUUUUUUUUUCCCCCUCUCUCUCGUUCUUUAAAGCCUUGACUGCUUUGAAGCGAUCUCUGAGCGAGUGGUGUCUGUGUAACACGUGGGAAUGCGGCCCGGACGGGUCCGAGCUCCAGCACCGUCCCGUCUGCCUCCGUGGGGUGGCUGAGGCCAGCACCUCACAGACGUGAGGGAGGGACGCUUUGUCCUGCGCAAAAUGGCACCCCACCCCCCCUGCCCUUCGCACUUGAGUAGACAAACACUGGCACAGAAGGAAUGUUUGAUGUGUUUUAGAAAAGGCUUGCGCAUGCUGAAUGCUGUUUGUUGGAAUGCACGUUUCCCCUUCCCAACACCAGCUCUUCCUGCUGUCCAAGCAGAAUGUCAUUUAGUGUGGUUUUAUAGUGUAAUGCUGAUAUGUGGAUGUGCUGCCCUGAUCAAGCCAUAAAUUAUGCAAAGAUUUUAUGUA